UUAGACGUGCCUUGGAUGUAAGAGAGAUAUAGACAACGCACCUGUCAGCAGCGAUCGCCUCCCCUUCGAACGCGCCUUGGGCUCAGAUUCAUGUGCUGCGGAUGCUACCUGCGCCGCGUUCUCCUUACGAAUCGUCCGCGAGGAGUACUGGGAGACCGGCUCAUGUCGAGCAGUGUUUGGAGACAAUGUCGAUGCAUAGAGGACGCGGAGGGGAGGAGGCGCACGUCUGACAGAGGCGGCGGCGCGGACGAGUGUAGUCAUGACGGCGCGGGGGAACACGACACGCCCCGUGGGGAACUCCAAUAAUCUGAUUCCGGAAGAGCGGGCCGGGCGGAGCCAAUCUUUGGUGGCGCACGGGCCGGCCUAAUGGACACAGACAGCGAGUCAGAGGGUCACGACGAGCAGCGAGAACGACUCCAUCGCUGCCUCUGUUUUUUAUACUGCCGAGCGUCGACCCGGGAUAGCUUUUUCACUGCCGACAGUCGCGAGUCCAGGCUGACAGCCGUGCGGCUGGCCGGGUCCAGCCAAUCAAGAAGCAGCCGUUGCUAUCCCUGGACGAAAACCCUUGUGAAAGUUCGAAGGAAGUUGAGAAAGAAUGCCGGACGCGCCGUGCUCGCGUCAACGAUGCUGCAGAGCUGCAGUAAUCGGGUCUGCGGCAAGGACAGGGGGAGAUGGACUGAUAGGAGAGAUCGCUAUCGAGAGAAAGGUAGUCGAAGGAGAGAAAGUUCUGCCACGCGAACGUCACGUAGAGGAUCCAGAGCAAUUCCACGCACGCGAGUUGAACUUCUUCGUCUGCGGAGCCCUAUAACAUGCGCACAUCGUGUGCGUUCAUACGCAGUGAACUCGGGUGAAGUUCGGCAAGAAAGGUCAAACUGAAGCAACGGGUCGAGCCAGAUUCUGGGGCGAUGGA